AUGCAAAUUGUUUUUAAGGAUUUCUCAAAGAAGAAGCAUCCUGUGGAUGUGGAGCCUUCUGAUACCAUUGCUACCGUAAAGGAAAAGCUUGGAGAAGUGCUUGGUGUCGAAACUUCAAGACUCAAGUUUGUAUUCAGUGGAAGAGUUUUACAAGAUGCCAAGACUGUUGAAGAGUGCAAAUUGAAGGAUGAAGAUCAAGUGAUCUAUAUGGUGUCAAAGGCCAAAGCAAAAGCUGUCGAACCAGCUCCAGCAGCCGCUACUGAAUCAGCUCCAGUUGAAGCUUCAGGUCCAACCACCACCUCUACUACAGAACAAUCUGCGCCAGCCACUGAAUCAACCCCUGCAACAACUGCUCCAACAAAUACAUCAGGAAUCUCAAGUGGUGAUUUUGCUGCCGGCUCAGAACGUGAGGCAAUGAUCAACAAUAUUAUCGAAAUGGGCUAUGAACGCUCUCAAGUGGAACAAGCCCUUCUUGCUGCUUACAAUAACCCAGAUCGUGCUGUUGAGUAUUUGUUAACUGGUAUUCCAGAAUCAGCCAGAAGACGUCUAGAAAGACCUACGCCAUCAGCUGAAGCUAGUGCUCCUGCUGCUGAAAGUACCACAGAAGAUGCUGCUGUUUCCACUGGAAACAGUGGAAACUUGUUUGAACAAGCUGCCGCUAUUUCCCAACAGCCUAACCAACAACAUUCUGCAGGUGGGGCUCCUGGUGGUGGCGGAAAUGAACAAUUUUCUCGCUUGAGAGAAUUGCUUGCCGAAGAUCCAACUAUGAUGGAUACCGUCCUCAACGAAAUUGCUCUGAGCAACCCACAAUUAGCCGGUUUAAUUCAACAGGAUCCAGAAGCCUUUGCCCGUUUAAUCAUGGGUGAAGGAGGUGAUGAAGAUGCACUUGCUGGUUUUUCUGGUGCUAUUGGUGAUGAGGCUGAUGAGGGAGAAGAAGGAUCUAUACAAAUAGAAAUUAGUGAAAGAGAUCAAGAAGCUAUAAACCGCUUGUGUGAAUUAGGAUUUGACAGAAACACUGUAAUUCAAGUGUAUUUUGCUUGUGAUAAGAAUGAAGAGGCCGCAGCUGACUUAUUGUUUAGAGAUGUGUAA